AUGGCCGGGAAACUGAUGCACGCUCUUCAAUACGAUUCUUACGGCGGAGGCGCCUCCGCUUUGAAGCAUGUCGAAGUUCCGGUUCCAUCGCCAAAGAGCAACGAGGAGGAUUUCUAUCCUGUUGUUGACUGGGCAAAUGAAAUAGAUACCCUACGAUGCAUAUCAAUGCAUGGUAUAACGCAACGAUGCCUAUCUGGUCAAAAAGAUGAUGCUGCAGGAUUUGUUGGCCUUUUGCUUGGAGAUCUUGACUUGAGGGUUUAUAUGCAAUUCAGCCGCUUUGUGGAUGAAGCUUGUCACCAGAUUGAAAUAAAUGAAAGUAAUGUAGGACAGGUGGGCGUCUUGCCGUAUAUUCCAAGAUUUGCAGAACUUACUACUCGUAUGGAACAGUAUAUACAAGGGCAAUCUAGGUAUUUGGUUGAUCAGGCAUACACAAAAUUCGUAAGCAAAAUGUUUGUGACCCUCGAGAAAAUUGCACAGCAAGAUCCUAAGAAUGCAGAUAUUGUCCUUUUGGAAAAUUAUGCUGCCUUUCAGAAUAGCCUGUAUGACCUGGCUAAGGUUGUGCCCACUUUAGCCACGUUCUAUCACCAGGCAAGUGCAGCAUAUGAAGACGCUUGUACCCGCCACAUUAGCAUGAUAAUAUACUACCAAUUCGAAAGACUUUUCCAGUUUGUUAGAAAGAUUGAGGAUUGUAUGUAUACUAUCACACCUGAAGAGAUACCAUCACAGCUCGGUUUGUCAAAAAAAGAACUCCGGAUGAUGAUAAAAGCAAACUUGUCAGAGCUGGACAAAUCGUUUGAAGCAAUGUAUACAAAGUUGCAGAAUGAUUUAGCAUCGAAGGAGUUGCUUCCACCGUUAUGGGAUAAAUGCAAGAGGGAGUUUUUGGACAAGUACGAGAGCGUCGUGCAGCUCCUAGCCAAAGUUUACCCUAAGGAAAACGUUCCUGGGGUAACUGAAAUGAGAAGACUUCUUGAUUCAAUGCAAAAAAAUUGA